GCCUGCCAACAGCCACCGACGGGCAGUUGCGCGUGGGAGUGUCCCUAGGCACUGGCCUUCUGCUCCGAGCGUGGAUGACAUCGACGGACAACGGGUGAUGUGUCGAACCUCCCACGCUAAGUGCCCAAGGCGAACAUCAAGCGAGCUUUCAAACCCGCGCGAGGCUUGCUCGGCAUCACGCAGAACCACCACGACGCCCACCACGACAAUCGACCCCCCCAAAG